UAUCUCUAAGAUAAUCACAUGGAGUAUCACCCUCUAAACGGAGGCCUUCUGAACUAAUGCACAGGGUUAUCCUUAAGACUUAAUAAAUCCAUCAGAUAAGAUGUUCAGCUGAGUCAUAGUAAUGCUGGGAGAUCAUGGAAUUCUCAGCACCUUUCCUCGCCACUUACUGGCCAUACAUUGCCUCAAUUUUGGUUGGCAUCAUCCUUUCUCACUUUGUUAAAAGAAGUUUCCAGCCAAAGAGCCCUGGCUACACAGUGGAUGUAGAUCCCUUGGAAGACAACGAACACGACAUCAUACCUCCUGCCAAUCCACUUAACAAUCAACUAAUUGGUGAAGGCAAUGCCCCUCACAUAGCAUAUCCCUGGUUUGACAAUCGUUUGGAGGAGGCUCAAAUGAAAAAAAUAUCAGCUGAGUUCUACGAGAAGAUGAACCAUCGACGAUCAGUCCGAAAAAUUAGCGAUGAGGACAUACCAAUUGAAGUUGUUGAAAAUCUCAUCAGAACUGCAGGAACCUCUCCUAGUGGAGCCCAUACAGAGCCUUGGACCUUUGUAGUAGUGAAAGACAAAUCUUUAAAGGCCACAAUUCGAGAAAUUGUGGAAGAAGAGGAAAAACUAAAUUAUGCCAAGAGAAUGGGAGAAAAGUGGGUGAAGGAUCUGGAGUUUGCGAAGACAACUUGGUAUAAGCCGUACCUGAACAGUGCACCAUAUCUCAUUCUUAUUUUCAAACAGGUGUAUGGAUUUAAUGAGGAUGGAAGCAAGAAGACACAUUACUACAAUGAAAUGAGUGUGUGCAUCUCUGUUGGCCUUCUUCUUGCAGCCAUCCAAAAUGCAGGUUUAGUCACAGUGACUUCCACACCCAUGAAUACGGGACCAAGAUUGCGAGAUUUGCUUGGAAGGAAAGUAAAUGAAAAGCUGUUAUUGCUGCUUCCAAUUGGUUACCCAGCUAGCGAUGCAACAGUUCCAGACAUAAAAAGGAAACCACUUCAAGAUAUUAUGGUUUUGAAGUAGAAAGAUGGUGAUGUGCAAUUAUUACAUUUGUAGUUACUGCCAAUGGUUCUUCCCUCCCCUUGAGGAAGAGUCUCACAAAAAUACAACUCUCAAGACAGCUUUUUUUGUUUUUAUUGAUGUAUAUUUAGAAAAUGCUCUAAUCCUGUAGAGUUCUUGAAAUUGUUUUAAAUGGCCAUCUGUAAUUCAUUAAACACUUCCCACUUAAAACACAUUGUAUCUUUUAAAGGCAAAUCACAACAAAAGGUACUCUACAUGCAAAGCAAGGUUCUUGCCUUUUAACCCUAUCUCUACCAAGACAUAACUGUAAGUUCUCUCCACUGUCUGUUAUACAUUCCUUUUAUUUUCUCUCAGAGAAUAUACUGUUUAGUCAAACAGAAUCUCUGUGCUAAUUUUCUUUUGGAUUUCUACUUUUCCUAUCAUUCACUUUUUAUUCUGAAAAAGUAUGGUUGUAAGAAGAAGUUGCUUUGUGGUCAGUGGUGGGAGUGAAAUGGUUAAAUUGUUGAUGAAGUAGUAGAGUUAAAUGGCAAUCCUUGGCAAGACUCUUAUACCUUUAUCCUUUUUAGUCAAUUGGUGAUAGGAAACAUGAAUUGUUGAAAAAGAAUAAAUUGAUUAUAGCCUACAACUGUUGCCACAAAUUGUGGGCUGAAUGGUUUUUGAAAGCAAUAUCUUGUGGAAUUCAUAAAAAUGUUAAUGUUAUGUAGUAUUUAGUUUUAGUGACCUGUCAUUAGCAAGUGUGGGCAUCCUUAAACUAUCCACUGACACAUCACAUGUAAAUUGAAAAGUGGUGCUAUAUUAAAGUUUCUCAAAUAAGUAUUAGGUAAAUGUCUGUUUGUCUUUAUCCGUAUGGAUGUAGCACAGAUGUAUUUCUGGAGUAAUACUUGUUGUAAAAAAAUCUUCCUCUGAUAGUUGUUUGAAUUUUUUUUAUUUACU